AUGUCGCUGUCAGAUUUGGUCUCACAAUUGCAGAUCUUCUCGAAAUCUGACUCCCAUAGGCAAGUUCUUGAUUUGGGAUCCAAGAUCCUGAGUCAGGAGCCAACCAAUGUUGCAGCUUUUAAGCAAUGUCUGGUGGCCCUCAUCAACCUUGACAAUUACAAGACCGCCCGCGAAAUGCUUGACAAACACAGUGACCUAAUUGCUAAGAAUCGCGAGAUCCUCACCGUUGAGCUGGCAUACAUCUACUACAAACUGGAUGACGAAAAGUCGUUAGCAGAACUUGUAUCUCAGGGAUCGAAUAAUCGCGGGCUAAAACAUGUCUUAGCUCAACACUACUAUCGUGUUGGUAAAAAUGACAAGGCUUUGGAAAUCUACAGAGACCUUUUGAAUGACACCCCGCCAGAAGAAGUGCUGGAUCUGAGUGUUAAUGAGCGCGCUGUGCUUUCGCAGAUGAAAGUGUACUCUGAGAACAGCAACCUACAGCCCGUUUCUGCCCCACACCCCAACUCAUACGACCAGAUAUUCAAUUCUGCUCUAAUUCUUCUAAGAGAUGGUGACUAUGAGGGCUCGCUGGAGCUUUUGCGAGAGGCUAGACAGCAGUGUUUGGUGUCUCUUGCGGAUUACGAAGAAGAGGAACAGCUGGAGGAACUUGCUCCUAUAGACAUUGAGAUAGCAUUUCUUACUCAACUGUUAAGCGGCAAAGAUGCUGCCAAGCCGGUCUACGACGAAAUAGAUGUGUCGAAGUUGAAGAACCAAGUCUUGAAAGUUCUUAUCACCACCAAUCUGGCCUCCUUCGAAAAUCAGCCAUCUAAUGCAGCUUCCUUGUACAAGGAUCUUGGGCUACCCCAGUCCCUCACCAAAAUUCUCGAUAGAUUGGCGAUAAGGCAAAUAAGAGAUCUGCAGCGCAACGAAAUUCUGUUAGCAUUCAAAACUGGAAAAUCCGUUACCAAAUCUGCAGCCAAGCAUGAACAGCAGUUUCCAGAGUCUUUACUGCCACAGGCGCUGGCUGGUAUAUCUAAAAUAACAGAUUUCGACUCCAAGAAUCUUAAAUCAUCAAGCAAUGAAAAGCUAGUAUUUAGAGAGGCGAUCAAAAAUCCACAGAAGUUGGGCUUGUGUUUGUUUGCCGCCCAAUUAAGUGUGAGUGCCGGAAAACAUCAAAAUGCCGUUCGCGUUUUAGAGACUGCGGUUCGAGCCGACUCGUCCGUGCUUCUCAGGCCGGCAGUUGCCUGCUUGCUUUUUGCAGUUUACGACAAGCUCGACAGAGAAAACGACAAAAUUAAGCUACUUCUUAGCCUUUAUCAGCAUCUAAUUUCCGCAGAGCUCAAGACGUCCGACCAGCUGAAACUACUCAAAUUUGUGGCUUUCCAGAUGAUAACAUUCGACGAAACAAAGUCCCAAGAAUUAUUUCAAAAGCUCCAGUCCGCAGUGUCUUCAGAUCCCCUGGUUUCCGUCGUUUUGGGCAGACAAACAGAAACCAGCUUGGGCGAUGUGUAUCCGCUGAUUUCCGAAGUCGACGCAGACUCGCUACUUGAACAAGGCCUGCAGCCAUUGCUAUCGAAAACAUCCACCACCAAGACCGGUAAGGGAAUCAUCAAAGUGGAAAAAAGAAAGCGAAGCAAACCCAAAAAGCUUCCUAAGGACCUCUCUAAGAAACUGGACGAGGAAAGGUGGUUACCAAUGAAGGAUAGGUCCUAUUACAAACCAAAGAAGGGCAAGAAGAGCAAGGACACCCAAGGAGGUGUUGUCGACCAAGCCGCAGAGGAAUCCCUCAACAUCGGUUCCAGUUCAUCGUCUCCUGCCACCAGCAAAAAGCAGGCCGGCAAGAAGAAGAAGGGAAAGAAAUAG